AUGGGUGACGAUAGCCAACAAGCAGGAGCACAAGUGAUGGCCUCCCUGGAAGGGAAGGUGGUGAAAGGGUUUGGACGUGGGAGCAAGGAGCUCGGUAUUCCAACAGCCAACUUUCCCGAGGAUGUUGUGGAGGGCCUCCCGGAGAGCAUGACACAGGGCAUCUACUACGGCUGGGCGCAGUAUCAGCCACGCUGA